AUGGGAUCCCUGAGCACUCCCUAUCCCGCCAGCCAGCUCACACAGCACAGACUCAGCAAUUCCUUUUUUCAGAUCCAAGAUGAGUUCCUCACUGUGACACUCCCUGUGAUGUACUCCCUCAUCUUCAUCAUCGGGCUGCUCAGCAACGCCCUGGCGCUCUGGGUGUUCUCAUGCGGUGUACAGCGCAGGACCUCCAUCACCGUGUACAUGAGGAACCUGGCGCUCUCUGACCUGCUGCUCUCCUUCUGCCUGCCCUUCCGCAUCGCCUUUCAAAGCAAGAACGAGCCUCUGAUGUUCUGCAACAUCGUGGGGGCCUUCUUCUACCUCAACAUGUAUGUCAGUGUCACAUUCCUCAGCCUGAUCAGCCUUGACCGCUACCUAAAGAUCAUCUGGCCCCUGCAGAAAUUUAGGAUCCACACUGUGUCCUGUAGCACUAUGGCCUCUGGGGUGGUUUGGUUUGUGCAUGCAACCUUCAUGCUGCCUUUCUUUUUUGAGACAAGAGGAAAAGGGCCCUGUGACCAUAAAUGCUUCCACUUCAGAAGCAAAAGCACCACAGCAGCAGCUUUUAACAUGGUCGCGGUAGCCACUUUCUUCAUCCUGCUGCUGCUCUUCCUCUACUUCUACAGCAAGAUAUUUGCCAAGCUCCACAGAGUGUCCUCAGUGAAAGCUCAGCAGUUGAACAAGAGGACCAGCAUGAGCGCCAUCGCCAAGACCUUCAUAGUCCUGAUCAUCUUCAUUGUAUGCUUCACCCCCUAUCACAUUGUCCGCGUUCCUUACAUCCUCGCACAAGUGGGGGUCAUUUCUAGUCUGCCCUGGAAGCAAGGUCUCCACCUCGCUAAUGAGCUUGUGCUCUGCAUCUCAGCCCUCAACAGCUGCCUUGACCCAGUCAUCUUCUUCUUCUUGUCCAGCAGCUUUCGGAGGGCUGUGCUCUGCACCAUCCGGGGCAGGCUGAAGAGAGCUCUGCUAAGGAACCAGGGGACUCUGAGCCACAGCAGGUCUGUGCCAUCACAGAUAUAG